AUGCAAACUAAUAUUCAAACAGAAUUACAAGAAAUUUCAGGAAAAUUUGCAUUUUCUUUAAAUAUUUGGACUUCAUCUGUAGUUAAAGCUUAUAUAGAAAUUAUAGUUCAUUUUAUCAACAAAGAUUGGCAGCUUCAACAAAAAAACUUUAGAUUUGUUAAAAUAGAAGGUUCUUAUACAGAUAAAAUCCUUGCUAAUGAACCAAUUAAAAUUAAUGAAAUUAUGAUUGACAAUACUAACAAUAAUAAUAUAUUGAUUUAUUAUCUUGAAUUAUGGGCAAUUGGCAAAGACAUUAGUUUUUCUACUAAUAAUUAUUUUCAUUGUUUUGUGUAUGUUAUCAAUCUUUCUGUUCAAGCUGCCUUAAAGCAGCUAAAAAAUAAAAUUGAUAAAGUUUAA